AUGGUGAGAAAAUCUGUAAAGAAAUACGCUGACAAUGGCUCUAAAAGUGACAAGAACAACCUUACUGAUAAUGUCGAAUGGGAUUCUAUAUAUCAGUUAAAUUCUGUGGAUGACCAAACAGCAUUUUUGCAGCAUUAUAUUAGCUUAAUAUAUAGUCAAUGUGUUCCUGAAAAAACCAUUACCAUAAAAAAUCAGCAACCCCCAUGGUUUAAUGAACAGUUACGUGCACUAAUCGAUGAAAGAAAUAUUGCAUACAAACGAUGGAAACGAUACAGAACAACACAACUGCAUGAGCGCUUUAAGUGUGCCAGGCGAAAUGUUGGGAAAAGCAUAAACGAGGCCAAAACGCUAUUCUUUCGGAAAAAAUUUCUGAAUGCUGUUAACAGCAGAUCUAAAUGGAAGGAAAUUCGUAAAAUUGGCAUAGGAGCGAAAACCAACACCAACUUUCCGCCCAAUCUAAACAUCAAUGAACUGAAUGAGCAUUUUGUAUCUGUUUGCUCUAUAUGUCCCCAUGAAAAUAUAUAUGAAAAUAUGAACACUGUACAAGUGGAAAAUCCAUUUUCCUUUUGCUGUGUAGACCAAACUGACGUUUUGAACAGCAUACUCUCAAUAAAAUCUGAUGCAACUGGAACUGACGGAAUAAAUCCAAGAUUUAUCAAAAUUAUCAUGCCAAAAUUGCUGCCAUAUGCAGCAUAUAUUUUCAAUACUGUUCUGACCAAGUCCACCUUUCCGCAUGAAUGGAAGCUCGCUAAAAUCAUACCGACUAGAAAAUCGAAUAAUGAAUACCGCCCCAUUGCAAUCUUACCGUUCUUAUCCAAAGCGCUAGAGUGCAUAAUGGCGAAUCAAAUCGAACAAUUCCUGUGCACUCAAAAUCUAUUAUCAGAAUGGUAA